UAGAGUAAACAGUUCAGUCGUAAUGAUAACAGCAUACAUGGAUAUUACCAUAUAAUCGAGACGGAUAAAUGAUGUGCAUUUUCAUAAUGGAUAAAAUAACUAUUGUCAAACAUUGAGAUUUAUAUAGAGUUCAAAAUGAGACAUCUAAAUGUCGAGUUAAUUUUGUUAUUGUUUCAGAUAGCAUUGUGUGCUAAUUAUGUUGCAGGGAAUGAAGAGCUUUUGGACAAGCGUUUGUUGUACUAUGAGCCAUUACAUUACGACAUAGAUGACCUUCACCUUUUACAUACAAAAAGCGGCAAGUCGGGAGGUUUAAUCCGGAUUAAAUUGAAUGCGUUUAAAAGAAACUUUUCUCUUGAAUUAAAAAGAAGUGUACAGUCAACAUCAAACAUUAUUCUGCAUCACAAAAAGAAAACUACCACGCCCGAUCUGUCAUUUGUUUAUACUGGAAAGGAUACAGAUUAUCCUGGGAGUGAAGCAAAAAUAGCUGUGAUCAAUGGAACAUUGCAGGGAAAACUAAUUCAUCCUGGAGAAACCAUUUAUCACAUUGCUCCAAGUUCCUGGUUGUUCAAACAGCCAACACCAUUUCAUACAGUGAUAUACUCUGAAAAAGACUAUCUAUGGAAUCACACAUUCCACUCUGAUUGGGUACAAAAUGCAGGGAGAAAGACUCAGUUGAUGAAUAAUAAGCCAAGAGGCAGACGAAAACGAGAUUUACUCCCACCAUCUAACGGACAAGAUCAUCAUGUGUGCACGGUUAAAUUAACAACUGACACAACUGUGUGGAAAUAUUAUAUGAAUUUAAAUAAGAACGAGGAUAAAAGUCACUAUGACAUUUUGUUCUUGUUGGAGAAUCAUGUGUCUGAAGCAAAUAAGGUCUUCAAAAAUACAGAAUUUACAUUAAAUCAAGGACAAGACACAGAGGAAAAAUUGAAAGGAAUUCAGUUUGAAAUAAGAAAGAUAAAGAUUAUGACAGAUAUGGAUUGCGAGGAAAACAACACAUCUGUUUUAUGCCGAGACGAUCUUAAAGGACAAGUCCUGCUCAACAAGUUUGCCGAUGAAGAAGAAGAAGAAAGUCUAUCUGAUUACGAUUAUUACUAUAAUCAUGAUUUUCAUGAUGCUGAUUACCAAGGAGAUGCUGCAUAUCUAACAACAGAAUCAAAGUAUUGUUUGUCUUUCCUUAUCACAGCUAGAGUGUUGUAUAUCAACAAAAGUCCUCUUCUUGGUUACGCAUUUCAGCCAUCAAAAGUGCAUGAGUAUAUUGGACAUCAAUCGUCACAUGCGCCGGAAUUACAUGCGCCGGCAUUACGGACGAACGUUUGCUGA